AUGCCCCGAGUCGCGCGAGGUCAGAGGAAGCGAGCGUACAAACCAAAAACUAGGACUGGCUUACGACAUGUCAAAUGUGGAGAAGAACGACCCUCGUGCGAUAAGUGUACGUCUACGGGUCGAACAUGCGAUGGCUAUGAUUUUACAGCCGAAGAACCAUCAUCAAGUCGCUCAAGCAGUACUCAUUCUUUAGUCCCUACAUUGGGAACUUCGCCAUCAUCAAGUAUCGUUGCUAACGACCGCGAGCAACGAUCGUUUCACUUCUUCCGCCAGACGACUGUAGCUCAUCUAUCGGGAUGCUUUAGCGAAGAUGUCUGGGACAAUCUCGUUCUUCAAACAUCCCAUCACGAACCUGCGAUCAGACAUGCAAUCAUUGCUCUGGGCUCCCUGCACGAAAGAUACGUGACCCAUGCUGCCUUGAUCAAUAGGCAAGAUGCGUUAGAUGAUUUCGCUCUCCAGCAGUACAAUCUGGCUAUUCGAUCUCUGAUGGAACCAUUGUCGAGAAAGAAGCGGCUGAGUGUGGACGUUAUGCAAGGCAGCUACGGCCCUGCCAUUGCACAUAUCAGGAGCGGAAAUAAAAUUCUUCACGAACUGCAAUACGACGAGACAAAUAAGGAAUAUUCUCAUCACACCCUGGAGGUCUCUCGGAAUCCAUACGUACCCACAAAUGUUGUGGAAGAUCUCUUCCUUCGCCUCGAUUUUCAAGCUACGCAGAUGGUUGGUGAACACAGUUGGGAAUUUUACGGAAAGUCAAGUAGGACACUACAAAAACUUACCCCUCCUCGCACUUUCACCGCUCUGUCGAUGGCACGAGAGCAGUUCAUUCUGUGCUGGCACCGCUGCUCUUUCCUCCUACACGAGCUCGAUCAAAAUCUCGAGUCGCCUGACAUCAUGGCGCUGUUCGCCACCUGGCAAAAGACGUCGUCCGGUAUCGUCGACGCCUGGAAUGCUGCAUUUGAGUCCUUCCUUGAGGAGAACGAAGACAAACUGUCAGAAAAUGAGAAAAGGGGCGCAGCAAUCAUGAAGAUCUUGAAGGCAACUGGUUUCAUGGCACUUCGUAACGCCCAUCCUACAGCCCAUGAUCAGGUGAAGUGGGAUCAGUUUCGCGAUCAGUAUGAGGAGAUCGUGGAUCUCGCUGAAGGAAUCAUUAGCUCCAGUGCUGGAAUACCGCAGUUUUCACUGGACAUGGGAAUCGUUGGCCCUCUGUAUGAAGUCACUGCUCGGUGUCGAGAUCCAUUCGUUCGAAGGAGGGCGAUAUCGUUGUUGAAGUCUGCACAGCGGCAGGAAGGAGUUUGGAAUUCUUUCUUGACAGCUACAGUAGCCGAAAGAGUUGUGCAGAUUGAGGAAGGAGGGCUGGGAGAGGUGAAUUGCUGCGAAGACAUUCCUGACUGGGCAAGGAUUUCCAGUGUUGCUCCCACCUUUGAUCAUAUGGGAAGAAGGGCGAUUCUGAGGUACACACGACCAGGAAGUAAGCAUAGUAUGGUGAGGCAACCGUAUGAGGAAGUGAUUGAAUGGUAA